AUGAGCAGAGUGAUUGUCCGUCGCCUUGGCGGCGUGCGCCGCGCGUCCUCCGCCUACGUGCGGCCCAACUGGCUGGAGGAGAACUGCGGCGACGUUCCUGUCCACCCGCAGGCGCAGGACUCGGAGGUCAGCGAGAUGCUGCGCGGCGGCCACGCGCUGCAGAUCGCCAGCGCCAAGAUGCUGGACGCCAAGGUGGCCGGUGCCGAGCGCGUUGUAAAGACCUACUCCGCGGGUCACUACGAGAAGCUCAAGGAGCUGCAAAACAUUGAGCACAAGGCGGUGCAGCGCAUUGAGGAUGCUGUCCGCGCCAAGGACUUCAGGUUCCGACCGAGUCUGGUGAUCCCAGCAGUCGAGCUUAGCAGCCUCGUUGUUGGUGGAGCACUGAGCGCGGUGGGGGAUACAGUGAGCACGUCGUACGUGACGGGCGUGAAGAUGGCUGUGAGCGACUACUACAACGACCAGAUCCGAGAGAUCUACGCCAGCAAACCCGACCAGGUCGAGCUGAAGGAGGUACGGUGCUUGCCGAUGGCCAGUGAGGAUUGA